AUGGCACAAAGUCGGUAUGAAGGCCAGCGUGUGUGUAGGUUGGAUCGGGGCCGGCCCUGCUAUAAACUGGCAUAUUUUUCUGACCCUGGACGGCGGCUCAGCUUCCUGGAGGCGAGGCUAGCGUGUCGCCGUGACGGAGGGGAGCUGCUGAGCAUUGAGUCACCGGCCGAGCAGCGAAUCAUAGAGCAGCUUGUCACUGAGCUCCGUCCCUCCGACGGAGACUUCUGGAUUGGCCUACGUCGUAACCAUGGUGACACGGAAAACGUUGACGACUGUCCCUCACAGUACUACUGGACCGACGGGAGCCUCGCCUCCUUCAGGAACUGGCACUGGGACGAGCCGUCCUGUGGUUACGAGGUGUGUGUGGUGAUGUACCACCAACCGUCCGCCCCGCCCGGCCUCGGAGGACUCUACAUGUUCCAUUGGAACGAUGACAACUGUGACACCAAGAACAAUUUCAUCUGCAAGUACACUGCAGAGAAGGCUCCUGAACCCUCCCCCAACACUGCACACCCAG